UAGGAGAGAAAGGGAGUCAGGGGGUCAGAUCUUAUCAAACGGUGAUAAAAAGUAACAGAAGAUACAUAUAAUUUUCUCGUUUGUUGAUUUCAGAGGCAAUUAGGAGAGCAAGAAGAGAAAAUGAAAUACGUUCUUUCUUCGAUGGGAGAUUUACAUUUGAGUGAAAUGGAGCCGCCACGUGACCCUGAGCCGACGGGCACAAGCCAACCCUCGACCUCAGGCAGGAGGAGGAGGGCCCAAGGAGAAGCUGGCAGCAGCGAGACUCCGCUAGCAGCUGCCACGGACGGGGCUAGGGGAGCAGCAGGUGGGAGAGGCAAGCCUCAGCAAGCAGCUAGCAGCAGAGACAAGGCUAGGAAACCACCAGAAAACGACGAGCAUGUGCAAGCCGCAGGCAAGGCUGGGCGUCCGGAAGCAGCAGGCAGGAGGGAAAGGGUAGGGCGAAAGGCAGACAGGAGGGCCAAGUCUAAGGGGGUAGCCGACAGGGACCAGUCGCCACAAGAAGACGACAGGGACCAGUCGCCACAAGAAGACGACAGGGACGAGUCGCCACAAGUAGACGAAAGAAACGAAUUGGCAAGAGGAAACAGCGACGAAUCGCCACAAGAAGACGACAGCGACGAGUCAGUGUGAUUUCAUCCAACUUUGUAAAGAUCGUGUGUAAAGUAACUAAUAAAUAUGUAGAGUAUA